CAGAGAGCAGGAGACAGAAAAGCAACCAGGCAGAGAGAGGGAGAGAGGGAGCUGGCGGACUGGUGGCCUUGCAUAACACUCAGUGGAGCAAGCUUGCACGCAGGUCUUGGUGGGGUCUGCAGCACUGGGGAACUUCCUUUUACCACUGGCCCUCGUUGCAAAGGGCAGGUAAGCCUACGAACUGGAAUCCACGGAGACAGCUGCACAAAGGACAGAAUCAGGAAGAAGAAUCCUGGGAUACUUAGACACAAACUGACACUGACAGGAAGAAUCACUGGACAUGAUCUGCAGGCAGUGGCUGUGGACAGACUGAGUUUUGUCAACAUUGUGGAAGAGGCGGACUGGUCAAAUAUGAUUCCUCAUGAAGUUUGUUUAGCUCAUUUUUUGAGCUGGAAUGACUCCAUCUUCUCUGGUGUGGCAGCUGGAGUUCUCCAUCAGUGAACACAACGAGUCAAAGCCAAAGAGAGCACACAGAGGGCCCUGAACAAUACCACAGAGAAAAUAUUCUCAUAGGUGAAGAGAAGUAGUACAAAGGAGCAUUAAGACAUCCUGGGCACCAUGAAAGCCAAUCAAGAGCGCAGUAAUGGAUGCCUGCCUCCGAAGAAGCGAGAAAUCCUGGCUCUGGAGCAGAGGCCAGUUGUAGUAGCUGCAACUACACCUCCUGUUGCAGUACCUACAGACAGUCCCCACACAGAAAACCUGGCCUGGCUUGCAAGUGUGGCCAGUGAACGCUGCAAGUCCAGAGAGACAGAAAGUCCAAGAUGUCCUGUUCCCUCAACAUCUUCUUCUUCUCCUACCACAUCUAUCCCUUCCCCCGCAACUACCCUUUCUGCAGUGCCCUUGGCCUCUCUGCCUGCAGUUUAUCCAGCAGCCCUUCCCCAACAGGCUGGAACAAUCCAGUUUACCCAGCUGGGACCCAAUGUGCAAUUCAUCAGUUCUGGGCCCUAUGCUGGGUACAUCUCCUCUCAUAUCAUUCCAACUAAUGCUACUUCUGCGCCUAAUAGCUCAGCAUUAGUAGGACAACGCGCCCAGAUAGAUGGUUACACCACUGCCCUUAUAUCACCCAGCACCAAAGGGGAGCAGCAGUUUCAAAUUGGACUCUCCCCUUCAGAGUUGGCUCCUGUCACACUUCCAAGUUCUCCCCAAGUAACCAAUCAAUACAUCCAUCUGGACAAUAGAACACCUUUAACUGUGAGUGGAAAUGCUGUAGCAUCACCUGCUCACCUUCAGCUCCACCCUCAUGCAGCAGUUCUCCCACAAACACUUACACUUGCCCCAUCACAGCUUGUGGUUCAGUAUGCAGAUGGUUCAGCUGGAAAGAAACCUGAAGCCCAUGCAAAGAGUGUGCUGAAUGGGGAAGUGGAAGUGGUCAAACAAGCCAAAGUCUCUGGGGCCAACCAUCAGCCUGUCCAGAGCUAUGAGGCCAGGCAUAUUCUCCUACCUGCUGACUAUGGCCAAAACCCUGCAGGUUUGCAGACGUCUUUGGUCCUUGUUGCCCAGCCAAACCAUGGAGUGGAACAUGAUCCCGGCUCAAAUAAAAUUUCCCUGGUCCAGACUGAGAAAGGAAGCAUUUGUUUAGGAAAGCCUGUAUCCAGAGCCUCUUCAUUCACUUCGCUUUCUUCUUCAGAAGUGGUCAAGUCGGUUCCUCAUACUGUCAUCCAAACCAGUCUGCCUCCUGAAGAACUGCCAGUCAGUCUCUACUCCUCCACACAGCCUCCCAUCAUUGGCUACAUCACCAGUGCGAACCAACAUACUGUCAGCUACCAUGCAGCACUGCCACAGCACCUGGUCAUCCCAAGUGGCCAAUCCCUUCUCAUACCAGUCAGCAGUGCCAACAAUGGCACAGAAAUAGAGGUCAAUCGCACUGUCAGUGCCAUUACUGCUACUACCCCUCAAAUAUCCACCGCCAUGCCACAUGCCUACCUGGCUACAGCUCUAUCUAAAUGUGAAGCUCUUGGCCCAGAUGGAAAUCAACCACCCUCUGCCCCACCACAGGCUGCAGCCUUGCCCGCAUUGCCCUCAAACCCAGUUCCUGCAGUGGUGGCUGCUCCAUCCCAAGCUCCCACUCCUGUGCCCACUCUUUCUCCCUCCUCUGUCCAAGCCUCUCCCUCCGUCUCUUCCCCAUCUUCUCCUGUAGCCCUCCCUCCUUUCUUUAUGCGAGGCUCUAUCAUCCAGCUGGCUGAUGGGGAGCUAAAGCGUGUGGAGGACCUCAAAACAGAAGACUUCAUCCAGAGUGCUGAGAUCAGCAGUGAGCUGAAGAUUGACUCCAGCACUGUGGAGCGCAUAGACUGUGGGCAAAGUCCUAAUGCAGUGCUCAUUCAGUUUUCUGUGGGGGAGCUCAAAGCCCAGGUGUGUGUAGAGGUGCUGGUGGAGUAUCCAUUCUUUGUUUUCGGCCAGGGCUGGUCAUCUUGCUGUCCUGACCGGACCACGCAAUUGUUUGAGUUGUCAUGUGCCAAGCUGUGUGUCGGUGAUGUGUGUGUGUCACUGACCCUCCGCAGUUUGAGGAAUGGUUCCUUGGCAGAUAGUCAAGCAUUGGGGACCAAACUGAAGAUGGGUUCACUCUCUGACCUGUCCCACUGCGUGGAUCCUAAUGUGACGAACAAUAUCAAUCCCAACCCUCCUGGCAGUAACGGUAGUCUCCUCAUGAAGGCUUCCACUGCCAACAGGAUGGAGAAACUUCAUGUUUCUGGUCUUGGAGCAGGACAAACCGGUGGGUUCGUAACAUCACCAUCUCCAGAACAAGCAGAGAGGAUGUUCAGAGGUGGACCAAUGCUGGCAGUCUCUGGGGGGGCAGAAGUAAGACAGGAACCACUGAAAACAGACAUAUCUGCCCUUUGUUCUGAUCCAGAGAGACCUUUUGUUCGCAAGAGACGCUGGUCAGCUCCAGAGCGAGACCAGACUGAGAAAGCUGAAGAAGAGCCACCUGUGACUCUGCCUAAGCCCUCCUUUCUACCCCAGGAAGUCAAAAUCAGCAUAGAGGGCCACUCAAGCGCUGGGGGCGAAAGAUUCUUAAAGAAAAGAGUUGACUGUUAAGAGAAUUUUAAAAUACCCAUUGUCAGCUUUGUGUUUAGCUUCUCUCUCUUUUCGCUCAAUCAUGACUACUGUAAUAUAGCCUGAGAUUUUGCAGGAUAUACAUGUUUUCUUUCACACAAGGAAGAAGUAACGUAGAGCACCUUGACAAGUGGUAACACACAAGAUCAGUGCAAUCAAUGCUGAAAGCAACAAUGAAUGCAAAGUGAAUGUUGAUCAUGAAUGGUGGAAGUCUGUUAUAAGAGGGAUUUAUGUGGGACGAGAAUGAUUUUUCUAUUAACACAAUGAAGCACAGACACUGUCGACAUGUUUGAAGAAGUGUGUGAGUGGAAGGUUGAGUAAGAGACAUUUGGUGUUUUUAGGACGGUGAUUGAUUGGGUUGGCUGAGAGCUUUUCUGUCUCACUGUUCUGAAUUGACUUUUGUACUAUUAUAACUUUCACACCAUCAUGACUGCCUGAGUUGUCGUGAGAGGCCUCGUUCCUCUGUGCGAAUGUUUGUGUUUGGUUGUUGGUGUGUAUGCUUUUUUUUUUGCUGUGGCUGUCAAAUGGAGCAAAGGAUAUGAGGCGAUACUGUUAGCUGCGAACUCGGUCCAAGUCGUGGAAAUGAUGACUAAGAAGGCUUGAAUGUAAUAAUUCUGUUGGUAGUGACUCAUCAAGUCAUGCAUGUGCUGUUUGUUACCAGCCUGAUGUGUAAAAUGAGAAUGUGGCUUAGAGUCUGAUGCAAUGCUGUUGAAACCGGCUCGUCCCAUGAUGGUAUUUCUUGGUUCACUACUCUGAAACUUUCCUUAAAGGAAUGCAUGUUUCAGGGUACAUUAUUCGUGGCUUAUGCUUAUUAGUUUUUUUAACACAGAGAUUAUUAAAAGUUAACAUUUCAAUAAAAUGUUAAUAACUGAGUUCUGUCAGAGCUAGCCCUUCUACGAUAUUAAAUAUGGCUACUAACUCAACUUAUUUUUGUUGGACACACACAAACUGUGUCAGUGCAUUUGUAUUGGUUUAUUAUUGAGAGCAAAAACUAAUAAAUUGCAACUAUGUAACAGGAGAAUAAAACAGGACUGAAGUAAUAUAUGUGAGGAGUGGUCGCUUCACCAAUAUUUCUGCCCUGAUAUUUAUCAUACCUGCAGUGUUGCUAUGAUUCUUUCAUGCAUAAUUGAGAACUCCUUAGAUCUCCAAUGGCUCAGCUUAAAGGUAUCUAAGCGUUGCUCAUACAAUGCGCCGUCACUUUUCACAAAUUUCUUCCUUGGUUCUUCAGUCCGCAGCUGAGAGCUGCUCCUUCCUCGCUCCGCUCCACCAGAAUAGCGGCAGCAGCAUUUAGCAAACACCUGGUAGAAAUGCGAAUUUGCAUUUUUGCAGCUCAGUGCUCCUACAAAUAGUAGUACAAUGGAGGAGUAUUGUUGUGAAGACAUGCUGAAAGGGGAGGAUUGGAAAGAGCAGGCACUUUUUAAAGAGACAGAGGCCUAAUUUCAAGGCAUCAAAUUGCAAAAACAAAUUAAUUUCAAAUAUGUUCACAUAUGCAGCAUUUUUAUUUUUUUUUUACAAUUAAAGGUAAUGUAAGACUGAAAUUUGGGGUUUUGAAAAUGUAAAAUGUUUUGGAAAUGUUUUAUUUUGAAAGGCUCCCUCGAUGGGGCAAAGGGGGGUGAACGUUCAGGAGUGUGGGACAGCUGAGUUGGUGACAGCUGAUUAAUUCUGUGGAUUAUUCUACAAAGAACGAUCAAUGUCUGGACACCCACAAGUUUUACAGUAACAUAGUUACUUGAAUGAGCUAUAAAAUGGCGCUAUGUGCCUGCAAAAUUCACACUUUACCACCCCUUAAAUAGAUGAUGUCCCAUGAAUCUUAACCUUAGUACACAGACAAGUCUAGCACUAAAGAGUCUCAAGAUUCAGAUAACACAACAGGCUUUAAGUCACUCUCUAAUAAAAUAAAAAAAUACUCACAAUAUGUUGGGUCUUUAAUACAAAACAUUUGCCCUUAGAAUAUGCAGUCAAACCUCCACUAACGAUAGAAACUCUUUUCAAAGAAAAACAUAAAACCAGCUUGAGUCUUGAAACUGGGGACAGCAAUCAAUCACUCUACUAUUUACUUCCUGACCCCUAAGCUUCCCAUAGCUGCUCAGGGAAACAGCAGUUUUAGUCAACAGAAGAUUUACUCCUAAAAAAUUAAGCAACUGCAAAAAUACUGUAUUAUUUAUAAAUACCCAUACUCAAAAAUCGUUUGUAUUAAUAUACACAAGUUCAGAAAAACACACAACUUGCUUGACUCUUUACUUCCUGUUUACAUGCUAGAUAGCGUUAAGCUGCAAACUUGGAUCUGAGGAUACAGGUGCACCAACAUCACCACAUCCUACCUGCAAGCUUAAAUAUCUCUGUAGUUUUUCCAACAUGCAACUAGAAAAAUCUGACUGAAGAGUCAAACUGCUAUAGAAAUUUAGAAAAAGCAGGUGUGAAACUUCCAAAUGGUGUUAUUACAUCAAAGGUAUGGUGAGCUGUGGGUCAGGACUCCAGCAAAAAAAAAAAGGCUAUUUUAUUUUUAUAAAUGUGCUGGGAUCUUGUUAGUUGGGUUUGCAAAAGUCACUCCUAAUAUUUUGUUGCUAGUCAGAAAACUUGUGCAGAUCAGUGAACAACCUAAUUACCAAAAGAAGCACAACUCAGACAAUGCAUUUUCACCAACUUUUGUUUUAUUUAGUCACUAUAGCUACCUGUUUAAUAGCAGAGGUUGUGAUGUAACUUGUGAGUAACUAAUAUGUGCAAAGUUUUACUCAAGACAUGUAAAUGGCAGCUAUAUUGGAAUUUUGGAGAGGUUUGGUGGUAAACUUCACUUCUCAAGUCAUAAUUUUGACUUUUAGAUGUGGCUCAAUCAAUUUUUUUCUGGCUUUUGAUUUUAAAAAAAGUUUGAAAAAAGUACAAAACAACAAAACAAAAAGCAUUGAGAUUGAGCCUAAUUCGCUACAACUGAAAUUCAGUUCAAAACUCCCGAUGAUAAUUAAGGCGAGUUCAUCUUUCCUUAUUUACAUGCCGUGUGGAAACUACAUAACCAGAUGAAUAUUUUAUCAAGUGAGUUGAGAAUAUUGCUUUAUUAGUGGUGGUUAGUAUCCCUCUUGAGCUGUAAAAAGUUAAAAUGUACAUCUUUUGCUGAUUUUAAUUGCAUACAAAAUGCUGCUGCCACAAUUUGUUUCAUAAGAUUUUCCACCAGAAUUGACCUAAAGGCCCGGCUAAGAAAAGUUGUCUUUCUGUCUGCAAAUAAUGGCAAAGGGUUCAGGUUAAUGGGCGACUGGUCUCAUUGUUGCUACUUUGCAUAUUUUACAAACACCAAGGCCUUGAUAUUUCGCAUGCAUCAAGUUUACAGCAGUACAUCGGGUUUUACAUUGAAACCUUAACAUUGGUUCGUCUCUCUCAGGUCAGUUCCUGAUAUAUUAGAGUGAAGGUGUUCAGAUUAAAACACCAAAAUCUUUGUGUUGCUGUUUUAGAAAAAGGAGACCUUCUACAGUUCAUUCUCAGGAAGAAAGUGUAGGGAACAGAUGGUAUUUGUUGUGGUGUGUGUGUGUGUGUGUGUGUGUGUAUGUGGGAAGACCUGAGAUAGCAUUCCCAUGUCAUUAGUCAAAUGUGUGUAUGUGUGUGUGUUGAAAAGCAGCACUUUGAUGGAGCGUCCAGUUGGAGCUUGUUAGCAAUGUUGAACCUCCCUUGCAGUUUUUAGAUAUAACAAUAAAAGAGACUUUUUCUUAUCACUUUACAUGUUUUGCAGGUUUGUCAAUGAGAGACACCAAUAUAGAAUGUAAAUGGACAUGAAGCAAAUUUUAUUUUUCUGAGGAUUUAUAAAGCUACUAUUCAGAGAAAGAAAGAGAUGCGGAGCUAACUAGCCACCUAGUGCUGAUCAUGUACAGUGAAAUUGUAUCUUAGAGAGUGUACAGAGUGUAAUCUAACCUUUUAAUGUACUGUAUGUGCCACAAAGCCUCCUUCUUCAAUCAUUCCAUUGACUCACCAACACCAACAAGUUCUGCUAUUGUUUGUUUCGACUCUGGUGUUGAUCAAAUGUUCAUGAAUGUGCUAGGUCUCUUUUGGGAACACCGUCGUUGCUGAGGCUCCUCAAAGUUUAGUUUGUGUGAAAAAUGGACUGCAGUUUAUUCUAAUAGCCAUUAAACUCCUUAGAGGUGUUUAUUGUAUACCCAGAAAUCAGACUGUUCUGUUUGCGUGCGACUGCUCAGGCUAUUAAAAAAGAAAAAAAUGAAACAAGAGCAACAACAACAAAAAAAAAAAAAAACACUGCCCUCUGACUGUUCUCCUUCAAUGAUGUGGUCUUAUAUCCUUCACUGUUACAAAGUAUAACUACUGUUUGUCUUAAUAGGUAUUUUCUUUCUCCUCACUUGGCUCAUGUUUGUAGUUUUCCAAAGUGAAUUGUUUUUCAAAUAUUGUGCUGACAUGUUAUGAGACAGACCAACUAAUGAAAUGUUGAGUUGAUUUCUGAUUGAAAUGUUAUGGUCAUAGACUGAUGUAAAGGAAGUGGAUGUAGCAUCAUGGAAAUUAAUGUUCUGUUGUUUAUUUCUGCAUCUUUGAAUUUGGCACCGGGCCCAUUUUUGAAUAUUUAUUUUCUAGUCUAAUGUGAAUACCAGAGCGGACGCCGAGCUGCUGCGAUUCUGGUUAUGAGAUGCUAAUGGUUCCUAUUAUUUCUUGGACAUAAGAUCAAAUAAAACUAAAUGUAAUUUUGCUACAAUAGGUAAAAAACCCUAAAGGACUUGGCGAAUUGAUUAAUUAAAUCAGAACAAAUUAUAUCAAAACUAAUAGGAGAAAAGUUAAAACACACCGAUGUCUGUCUAAUAUACAUUUUAAACUUCUGUUUAAAAGUGCAGACACUCUAAGUUGGAAAACGAAUAUAUUUUAAUCUGAAAAAAAUUAUCUAAUUAUUGGAUGUCACAUUCAAAUUUCACACACAAAAAGAAAAAAGCUAGUUCACCGGUUUGUUCAUUUGCUAUUUAUAUUAUCAAUACUUCAACGUCAAAGUAAAUUGAACAUGUUGCUUGUUUAGAAAAUAUGUACUAGUAAUGAAAUCUGCUCUUUAGAAUCAUUACAUAUUGAAGCAAAUACUGGCAAAUAUUUCAGACUGAAAACAAAAAGCAGUUUUAUUCUUUUUUUAUUCAUUCUGGAAAAGCAAAGAUGUUUCUGCCUUAUUUCUCCUUCAAGAAACUUUAUAGUAUUCUGAAUUAAUUGCACUAAUAAUAAGGGUUUGACAUAGCCAGUACGCUCAAAAUGACUUAUGUAAAAAAUCUUCUGUAUUUUAUAUAUAAAAAAUUCUGCUUUUUUAUUUCAUUAUUGCAGGUUUACAGUAAAAUGCCACAGUUGUCAGAGCUUUUUUCCCUCCCCCAUCUGUGUUUCCAUAGGUUUGUGGAUCAAGAUGCUACAUUCACCUUUUACAUGGUCUGUGGUAACUGAAAGUUUUCUUAUGGCCAACAAAUCCAUACGUCAUGCUGUCGCCUGCAUUAAACUGUAAUACAAAUAUUUAUAAACUGUUUACAGAUUUUAUUGUUUUGAAAAAAUUGCAAAAACUCUACAGCAAACUCUACACUAUGCUUAAAGUUGAAAUAUUUUGGUUUUCAGACACAUUCAAUUUAUCUUUGCAGUAUUUCAGGUUUGAAAUCCUCCUUGCAAUCACUGAAAUGUUUAGCUACUUUCAUAGAGUCUUUAUGAGGUAAAAGACAGAAACCCAGACUAUUUCAGCUUCUGGUUGAAACAAUCAUGCAGGCUAAAUUAAAAGAUUACCUUAAGGUUGAAUCUGCCAGAGGUAUGAUUAAUUUUGGAAUCAACUAUACACUGUGUUUAAAAUUGCUUAUUCAUUAGAGACCUACAAAACCCUCCACAAUUAUUGGCUCCCCUGUUAAAUAUGUGUGGAAAAGCCUGGAAAUUAAUGGUCCUUUUAGAGACUUGGUAAACCCAAAUGGCAAUUAUUAAUACACAGAUUUGGUAAUAAGCUAAAUUUGUGUCAUCAUCCAUUCUUGUUUGUAACAUUUCCCAUUGCUUAAAACUUAAUUGUUGCUAUUACUGUUGAAAUAAGCUGAUUUUAGUCAGAAAUAACUUUCAUUACGAAAAUGACUUACUAAUGAAGAUAAACACUCUGAUUUGGUGUAGUGGCACAUUCUCUCAUCUUUGCAAUUUUGAAGAUGGAUUAGAAAAUAUAUGCAUCUUAAUCAUGACAUGUAAUCAAUGAAAUUACAUGUCAAAGUUCCAGGAUGCACUCAUCAAAUUAAAAAGAGAGAAAUAUUAAUUCUGCUUAUAUAGUUAGUGGUUCUAAUAAAUGUGUCAUUGGUAAGUUUAUUAAAACAUUUUUUUAUUCAUUUGGAUGUUUUUUCCCACCGAACUGAAUAGUAUUAAAAGUUGGACUUAUGUUUCGGUGUGAGAUUAUGUUGUGGGAAUAAAAAUAUGCGUUUAUUUCAGACUUUUUACCCAUCUGUACCAGGGGCGGGAAGAUGCGGGGCCCAUCAGCAUUUUACAGCAACCAACAUAAAAGAAAUGCUUGCUGUCUUCUGAUGGGAUGUGCUGUCAGUAAGAGGACCUUAUCUCCAGGCUGAUUUGUAAGAACCUUGCUGAUGCAGACAAUUUCACAUAUGCUGAGCUGUGAGUUAAACAGAGCAGUAAAAAUGAGCAGGUGUAGAGUCUGUAGAGUAAAACAAGACGCAAGAAAGUCACUUCAGAAGUUGGAGUACAGGUGCCACAGAUGUGAAGAGGCUUUAAAACAGACACCAGCAUUAAUCUGAAGGUUUAAUAUGGAAAAAGGAACCAUUUUGGUUACAGAUGGCGCCUGUAAAUGAGUAAUUUCACAGUUUGUCUGUGCAAUGUUAAGAAUGGCAUAAAAGUGGUGAUCUUUGAAACUGCACUUUGACAUAUCGGUGUAUUAGAGUGAGGAUGUCGGUGUGACAAAUGCAUAGAAGCAACAAACAAUCUCUCUUAGAAAAAUACCAGUUUGUUUGUUAGACAUCUUGACAAUUUGUAAAUAGCCAAAGUCUUCCAUUAUAAUGUCGGUCUGUUCUUAUUCCCACUGAAGAGAAGUAACUCUCAUCGCCUUGUACAGACCUAUAAAACAAUUUAAAUUGUCACUGUUCAGUUGAAUAACACACAAGAUGUUGCUUCACCUAAGAUGUUUUCUUUUGCACCAGCUUAAACAACCCAGGAAACAGUGGGAGUCAAAGACUUUAAAAAAUCUUUUGUAACUGGAGUCUGUUUGGAUGAAUUUCUGUAUAAGAUACAGUGUGUCCUAUCAAUACAGUAUGUAGUAAGUACCAAUGUUUCUUUAUUUUGAUGGUGUUGAUAUUUGUUGUUAAAAUUCUUACUUCAAAUGUUUGAUUUGAAUUUUUAUCACGUAUAUUCAAGGAAAUAAAGAGUCUCAAGA